AUGCAUUGUGCAUUCCUUGACAGUCUUGGUCUCGAUGGUAACCGAUUGCGCAAGGACGCACCCAAGCGUCAUGCCCAGCGCUACCAGAUCACAGAAGCUCACUCCCAAGCCCGUGUUGAAGCCAUUUCCCAAGCCAAGGGCCAUGGUGAACUGUUUCAUGUGACACAAGGACAACAUUUGAAUUCAAAUGAUUUCUUCAGAGCAAGAGAGCACAACAACCGGCAGAACCGAAUCAAGGAAUUAGAAGCAAAGAAAGAGUCUGAAUUGACCGCGGCAGCUGUAAAGGACAAGCGUGAUGCCAUCGUUGAAGAGAAGGGAGAGCCAACAGUCGAGACAGUUGGUAAUUUUACAGUGGCCGAGCUACAAGCACUACACAAGUACAAAACAGGAAAGAAUGGAAAAGGGAAAAAGAAUGAUGUUCUAGAAGCUUAUCUCAAGGCCAAGAAUCCACGAAAGCUCGACGGUUGGUCAGAAGAGGAGGAGGCUGACCUACAGCGUCUCAAGGAGGAAGACAUUCCAUUGGAGGAAACAGCAAUUGGCGAAGCUGUCUCUCAGGCUGCUUCCGCGGUUGAAAACCAUGUUGCUCAUUUGGAUUCCGAGACGCAACAACGACUCUUGGAAGCUCUGCAAAACGCGGUAGAGUUCGAUCCUGAGGAGGUGGUGCAAGACGAACCAGUUUAG